AGAUACAGAAUAUUUAGAAAAGUAUUUUUCUUUUAUAUCCUCUAGACAAUCAUCCUAACACAUCCAACAUUCUAUUAAGGGAAAGGGUGAUAAUUUCAAUAUGCUAAAUGAUAUCAGUAUGCCUAUAUUUACUGUAUUCCCCUUCCCUUCUAUACCCUUUAUUAUAGAGUUUUUAGAAAAUAACUGCAUGUAACAUUUAUUAAGAACUUAUAUACCUUAUAGAGCUAACACUAUGGCUUUUUAAAAAUUCAUAUUUAACUCCCAAACUUACUGCUACAUAGUAUUACCAUAAUUUGUAUUUUACAGAUGAGAAAACUGAGGCACAGAGAUAGAAAAUGGAGAAGGCAGAAUUUGAACCUCGGUCCUUGGAUCCCAGAAACCCCAAACAGCUUAUUUAACUGUACAGCUAUACUGACUAUUGAUUAUUUCUGCAUCUUACCUUAAUUUAAAUUUUUGGGAAUAUAUAACCUGCAUAUUAAUAAAAAACUAGACAUUACUAUGUAAAAUGAAACAACAUGCCUCUAAGUGCUUUACAGUUCAUUAAGAUUUACUCAGAAUUACACUGCUACACUAGCCCUGUGUCUCUCCUAUCACUGGGCGGUAUAAGGGAAAACAAAUUCCAAACUAAUAGUUAACUGAGAAAAUUCCUAAUUUUCAUUAAAAACGGACAAAGUUAAAAAAAGGGGGGGGUGUAGAAAGAGGAGUACGGUUGUUUUCAGGACAUUUUGGUCACUUAGAAGUUUGAAUAAUAUCCGGAACAAGCUCAUUACUUUUCUCAUUUACCACCUCGUCUGUAGCGAAAACUAAGACUGACAAUGAGUUUUCAGAGUUGGACUGGGCAAGGCGCAGGGGAGCGGAGGGGUUGAAAACUAGGCAAGGUUUUGCUUUCGUGGCUGGAACUUAACAUUUUCAAAAUAACUGAGAAGUUUAAUCAGUACCAAAUCAAGACUGUCGAAACUUCAUCUCGCUUUGGUCCCUAGAAUCACGGACAGUGACCUUGGACAAGUCACUUAAUUCUUAAAGGCCUCAGUUUUCUCACUGGUAAAACAGGGCGCUAGGGGAUCCCUCCCAGUUCAGACAUUCUUUAGGAAAAUAAAAUAAGGCGGAGACAGCUGGAGAGGCGGGAGGGGAGGAGCCAGAAAACAAAGCGAAGACUGGCUCCAGGCCAACACCAGCAGCACGCCCUGUCGGAGAGCCCUACAGGCCCGCGAGCGCGGGUUGGGGAAGCUAACGAAAGACAGCACAUCGAAAGGAGCCUGGGCUGGGCCCGGGUCCCGGCCCUGAGGACCACGGGCAUAGCUCACCACCAUCACCGCGGGCGAGGGCCGUCCCUUCCCAGCGACGAAAUGACCCUUGCGCUGGCGACCGUUACCUACCACACUCUUCGGCUGCCCGGACUUAGACCCUCAGUAGCUCGGGCACCUAAGCACACAGAAAGCUAGAACACGCAUUUCCGGGGCGGGAUCUGGCCACCCUGCCUAUAAUGUGAGAAUUCAACUAGCGCGGGCCGCCUUCUAGGCGCUCAGCCCUCUGGGUAAGGAAGUCCAGAGUCAGCUAGCGCGGGGUCUAUCAGUUACCAGAAAACUACAUAUCCUACCAUGCACCAGGAUCAGUUUUCUUACGGACACUACAUUUCCCUGAAGGCAUUUGGCACCGUAGGGCCUUCUGGGAUGGGAACCACGCCGCUUCCCAGCCCCAGUUGCCGGAGCGAAGCGCGGACCUUUCAACAAGAGCUUUAUUGAUUCUCCCGCUGGGCUCUUGCGAGGCGAUGGAGGCGGCCAAUUGCUCCCUGCAGGUGAAGAGACCGCUGCUGGACCCCCGCUUCGAGGGUUACAAGCUGUCUCUCGAGCCGCUGCCCUGUUACCAGCUGGAGCUUGAUGCAGCUGUAGCAGAAGUAAAACUUCGAGAUGAUCAAUAUACAUUGGAGCACAUGCAUGCAUUUGGGAUGUAUAAUUAUCUACACUGUGAUGCCUGGUAUCAAGACAGUGUCUACUACAUUGAUAGCCUUGGAAGAAUUAUGAAUUUAACAGUAAUGCUGGACACUGCCUUAGGAAAACCACGGGAGGUGUUUCGGCUUCCUACAGAUCUGGCAGCAUAUGACAAUCGCCUUUGUGCAUCGAUCCAUUUCACAUCCCCUACCUGGGUUACCUUGUCAGAUGGAACUGGAAGAUUAUAUAUCAUUGGAACAGGUGACCGUGGAAAUAGUGCUUCUGAAAAAUGGGAGAUUAUGUUUAAUGAAGAGCUUGGGAAUCCUUUUAUUAUAAUUCACAGUAUCUCGUUGCUAACAGCUGAAGAACAUUCAGUAGCUAUCCUUCUUCUUCGAAUAGAGAAGGAGGAACUGGAGAUGAAAGGAAGUGGUUUCUUUGUUUCUUUGGAGUGGAUCACUGUCAGUAAGAAUGAAGAUAAUAAAAAGUAUGAAAUUGCUAAGCAUCAUGUUCUCCGUGGAAAGUCAGUGCCCCAUUAUGCUGCUAUCGAGCCCAAUGGAAAUGGCCUGAUGAUUGUUUCCUAUAAGUCCUUCAAAUUUAUUCAGGUUGAUCAAGAUCUUGAAGAAAGUAUGGAUGAAAGCAUAUCAGAAAAAACCAAAGAACCUCUAUAUUACUGGCAACAAACUGAAGACGACUUGAUGGUAACAGUACGACUUCCAGAAAAUACUACUAAGGAAGACAUUCAAAUUCAGUUUUUACCUGAUAGCAUCAACAUUAUGCUAAAGGAUAUUCAGAUUUUGGAAGGAAAGCUAUAUUCGUCUAUUGAUCAUGAAAGCAGUACCUGGAUAAUUAAAGAGAAUGAAAGCUUGGAGAUUUCAUUGAUUAAGAAGAAUGAAGGACUGACUUGGCCAGAGCUGGUGAUUGGUGAUAAACAAGGAGAACUUAUAAGAGACCCAGCCCAAUGUGCUAUGAUAGCCGAACGUUUGAUACACUUGACCUCUGAAGAAUUGAAUCCAAAUCCAGACAAAGAAAAACCUCCUUGUAAUGCUCAAGAACUAGAAGAAUGUGAUAUUUUCUUUGAAGAGAGCUCCAGCUUAUGCAGAUUUGAUGGCAAUACAUUAAAAACUACUCAUGUGGUGAAUCUUGGCAGCAACCAGUACCUUUUCUCUGUUGUUGUGGAUCCUAAGGAAAUGCCCUGCUUUUGUCUGCGUCAUGAUGUUGAUGCCCUGCUCUGGCAGCCCCACUGCAGCCAGCAGGAGGACAUGUGGGAGCACAUGGCGACCUUCAAUGCUCUAGGUUAUGUCCAAGCAUCAAAGAGAGACAAAAAAUUCUUUGCCUGUGCUCCAGAUCACUCCUAUGCAGCCCUUUGUGAGUGCCUCCGCCGAGUGUUCAUCUAUCGUCAGCCUACUCCCAUGUCCACCGUGCUUUAUAACAGAAAGGAAGGCAGGCAUGUAGGGCAGGUUGCUAAGCAGCAGGUAGCAAACCUAGAAACCAAUGAUCCUAUUUUAGGUUUUCAGGCAACAAAUGAGAGAUUGUUUGUUCUCACUACCAAAAACCUCUUUUUAAUAAAAGUAAAUACAGAGAAUUAAUUCUACCAACAUUCAGCUUCUGAGUAUUGGAAAAGUAUCCAGCAGUACCUGGCGGGCUAAGCAGUUUACUGUAACCUGUUAGGUUUUAAUGUGUUAAAUAAAAAUAUCUUUUAUGAAUUUUUAUGUUUAAAGCAUAUUGGAAAUGCAUUCAAGAGAUUAUGAAUCUAUAAAAGCUGUGGGAUGGAUGAAAAUGUAGAUUUAGAGAGCAUAGACUUCUAUAAAAAAAUGAAGAUUUUAUUGACAAAUAUAGUUAUUUUUAAAACCUAAGGAUAGAAUCUCAUAUUUUAUAUGAAACAUGUACAGUUAGUUCAGUGUUUAAAAAUAAAAAUACCAUGUGCUUUGUCCAUUCUAUAUAGAAUGUUUUUAGGGUAGCAGUAAAAUAUUAUUUUAAUAAUAUGCACAUGGACUGAAGUCUACAUAAAGAGAUACUAUGAGCCUACGUCAAGAGUUGCAAAAGUACAGCAGUUCUGAUAGUCUUAAUGUUUGCUCAGAAACUUUAAUUGCUUUUCAUAGUAAGCGUAGAUUGAUUAAUUUGCUUUGCCACAUAGAUGAGAAAGUUUUGUGUUUUUCAUUGGUGCAUUAAAAAAUACCACGAAACUCAGGUGUUUAAAACAAUGUUUAUGCCAGCACUUGGGAGGGUAAGGCUGGAGCAUCACCAGUUCAAGGCCAGCCUGGGCAACAUAGCAAGACCUUGUUUUAAAACAAAUAAAACGAGGUUUGUAGUUCUUCAGGGUUCUGUCAGUUGGCCCUCUGUACGCCACAUGACCUCUCCUCUAGUAGGCUAAACUGGGUUUCUUGCAUGAUAGAGACACAUUCUAAGAGGCAAACUUUAGUGUGCAAGAGUUGACCAAACCUGGACUUCAUCGUAUUUGCUAAUGUUCCACUGGACAAAGCAAGUCUCACAGCCAAGUCUAGAGAGAAAGCAGAAGCCGUAGUUCAUAGGACCACUUAGGUGAUGGCCUACCACACAGAACAAAUUACAAUAAAUUUACCUUAUUAAGUUCUUACUUUUCUUAUAAUUUAAACAAAGUAAUCCUGUUUACACAUUAUUUUUUUCUUCACAAAUUUUUAUUUUUCAGACUUUUGUUCUCCAAACUUCUAGUUUAUAUUUGAUCUGAAUUUGUUUUUGUUUUUUAGAUUAGUUUUAGAUUUUAUAUUUAGGUAAAGUGGUUAAGACUUUAUUUUAAGAGGCAGAAAAUAAACAUAAUAAGUUACAAGAUAAAAAAUAUUUGUAUUAACAUGUUUUGCAUAUCUCACCAAAUAUUUGAAUUUAAUUUUAGCACACAUUUGGUCUGGGGAAAUGGCUAAGUUGGUGAAGUCCUUUCCAUAUAAGUCUGAGGAACUGAGUUUAGAUGUCCAUUACCUGCAUUGCUUUAUAAAAGCACCGCAGUGCACCUGUAAUCCCUACACUGGAGAUAUGGGGAUGAGGAGGAUCCCUAGGGCCAAUCUAGCUAAAUCCACUUAUGUGAGGGACCUUGCCUCAUAAAGGAAGGUGGAAAGUGUUUGAGCAAAACACUUGAUCUCAACCUCUGGCUUCCACAUGCAUGUGCAUACAUACCCAAUCACACGUGUAGCCCAUACACAAAAUUUUUUUUCUUACCAGUAUUUAACUAAUUUCAGUUAGGUCUGGCUAAAUUUAGUUGUUGUUUUGGCUAGGGUUAUGUGGGGUUUUCUCUUUUUUUAUAUUGGUUUGAUGUGUUUUGUUUCAUUUAAAUAUUUUUUUCAUUUGAAUAGUAUAUAUUUUUAAUGAAUUUGUGUGUAUUUUAUACAUCUUAAUCAUUCUUAGACCCCCUUCUCCUGUCUUCACCCUCUCAUAGUCACCCCCACCAGAUUUCAUGUGCUCUGUCAUAUAUGUUAAGGCCUAUCAAGUCAGGGCUCGGGGACCAUUGUGGAAAAAGGGGUGGAAAAACUGUAAGAGCUAGGGGUGGUGGAUGACAAUG